GGUAAGGUGCAAUCAAGUCCGCAAUUACCUGUCUAAUUGCCAUUUGGCCCAUUUUCUACCUAGCAAAAAACUGGGCUUGACGUUUUAUGGUUCGAUGAUUCUAUUUUAUUUCCAUUUCGACAUAUAUAGGCACAUUUUCAUAUUUUCCUGCCUGUACGACGUAUCAAUCUCGUUGUUAAUAAAUCAUACAAAGGAAGGACUCGAAGCUUGGGACACCAAAGAAAUCAUCCACCUCGACGUUCAAAACUGUAAAACACAUUUUUGUCUGGCAUAAUCAUGUCACGGAGAGAGAGAACAUGCAGCAGACGAAUUUAAUGAAGGGAUCAAGGGUUUUUGGCCAUUUCACAGAGAUGAUCAGGCAGCCGUUCAUUCAGUCACCUGUGAAAUCCUCCAUUGCCUUAGUGUUGCUUCUCUUCUUGCUCAUCGGUGUGAUUAUCUACACGCCCUUCCUUCCUUCUAAUGCUAUUACUAGAAGGCCGGCUCACAAGUCAAUACUGUCUACAGAAACGUACAAAAUCGAAGUUCCACUCAACUGCAUUGGAUUCAACCUCACAGGAACAUGCCCUCGAGACUACCCCACAACCUCUUCAGAAAACCCUGACCGUCAAUUACCUCCCACUUGUCCAGAGUACUUCCGUUGGAUACACGAAGAUUUACGUCCAUGGGCGAGGACAGGUAUCACGAGAGACAUGGUGGAGAGAGCUAAAACGACAGCGAAUUUCAGAUUGACGAUAGUUAAUGGCAGAGCUUACUUGGAAAUGUUUGAGAAGGCAUUUCAGACGAGAGAUGUUUUUACUCUGUGGGGAAUCCUACAGUUGCUACGUAAGUACCCAGGGAGAGUGCCUGACUUGGAGAUGAUGUUUGAUUGCGUUGAUUGGCCGGUUAUUAGGUCCGUUGAUUACAGUGGGCCUGAUGCAGCGGCGCCACCGCCAUUGUUUCGCUAUUGUGGGACCGAUGACACAUUGGAUAUCGUUUUCCCUGACUGGUCUUUUUGGGGAUGGGCUGAGAUAAAUAUAAAACCAUGGGAGCAUUUGGAGAAGGAACUUAAAGAAGGCAACGAGAGGAGCAGAUGGAUGGAAAGGGAACCUUAUGCAUUUUGGAAAGGGAAUCCUGAUGUUGCUGAGACAAGGCAAGACCUUAUCAAAUGUAAUGUCUCUGAAGAACAUGACUGGAAUGCUCGUGUAUAUAGACAGGAUUGGGGCAAAGAAUCCCAAGAAGGAUACAAGCAAUCAGAAUUGGCAAAUCAAUGUGUUCACAGGUUUAAAAUUUAUAUCGAGGGGUCUGCAUGGUCAGUCAGCCAAAAGUAUAUUCUUGCUUGUGAUUCAGUUACCCUUAUAGUGAAGCCCCGUUACUACGAUUUCUUCACAAGAGGUUUGAUGCCAAUUCAACACUAUUGGCCCAUAAAGGAGGAUGAUAAAUGUAAAUCUAUCAAGUUUGCAGUUGACUGGGGAAACACACACAGGCAGAAGGCACAGGCAAUUGGAAAAGCAGGUAGUGGAUUCAUUCAAAACGACUUGAAGAUGGAUAAUGUGUAUGAUUAUAUGUUUCAUCUCUUGCAUGAGUAUGCUAAGCUUUUGACAUUUAAGCCCACUAUACCCAAAAAUGCUACUGAACUCUGUUCAGAAACAAUGGCUUGCCCUUCUGAUGGAUCAGAAAAGAAUUUUAUGAUGGAAUCAAUGGUGAAGGGCCCAGCAGAAACAAGCCCAUGUAGUAUGCCUCCUCCCUAUGAUCCUCCUUCUCUUCUUGCUAUUUUAAGGAGAAAAGCAAAUGCAAUAAAGCUGGUGGAAUUCUGGGAAAAAAGAUACUGGGACAAUCAAACCAACAUGUCUUAGUAGAGUCUAGGCUUAAAUUUUUUAGUAUCUUUUUUCCUUUGCUUUGUGUAAUUGUAUUGUUCUUUCUUGGAUAAUGUCAUAGAUAAUUUUUUCCUAAAUAAA